AGAUCUGGGUUCUCUCUUGAACUUCAUCUUCUUCCUUUCCUCCUCCCUCCUCAUCCUUCUUCUUUCUUCUUCUUAUUCUUUCUUUCUCUCUCUUCUCCCUUCUUCUUCUUCUCUCAAACCUAGAUCUAGGUUUUUCUCAAACCCAGAUCUGGCAUUUCAGCAACCUCGCUCACCUUGUCCAUCUUGGACGCGCUUGUGCCACUGCUACUGCUGCUGCUGUUGCUUCUCCUCUGCGACUUGUCUCAAUCUCUUCGCAUUUCAAUGUAUUUCCCUUUCCCCUCCCGUCAAAUCUCAGCCUUUCAAUCCCUAUACUCUACUACCAUCAUGAACCCUUUUUCAGUAUUGAAUCUUACUUCUCUGUUCCCGACAAUGCAACUCUCGAUUCAUUUGAUCACCUUCUUCAGCAAUGCUCAACAGCCCGUCAAUGCAAACAAGUUCAUAAUCAGAUCCUCAUUGGCACUGGGCAAAAUGGAUGUUGCACGCCAUCUGUUUGAUAAAAUGUGUGAAAGAAACAAAAUUUCUUUGAAUAUGAUGAUUUCGGGUUUUGCAUUGAAUUAUGAUUGUGAUGGUGCUUUUGAGAUGCUUGAGCAGAUGGAAUUGGAAGGUUUGGAGCCAGAUGAUGUGACAUGGACAUCGCUGUUGUCAAGUCAUGCUCGAUGUGGGCGGAAUCAAGAAGCUUUGAAGUUGUUUGAUUCAAUGAGGAUGGGAGGAAUAAGGGUUAGUGCUGAAGCGCUUGCUGUGAUGUUGUCUAUUUGUGCUGAUUUGGUGGCCUUUAACAAGGGAAAGGCGAUUCAUGUUUAGGUGGUAAAGUGUGGUUUGGAAAGCUACUUGUUUGUGAAAACCCAGUUUCUUCACAAACCCAGUUUCUUCACCUCGAACGCGGGGGAGUAGCAAUGGCACG